CAAACGCAUCAAACAAGCAUAAACUUGUAUUUUUCUCCAUCCAUCUAUACUGUAAUUAGUAGAAACUUGUCUCAUACUGCUUUGCGGGGAGAGUUGAGUUGGGAGCUCAAAAAUGGCAGAAAAUGAGCCGUUAUUAGGGAGCAACAACGGCGGAGAAUUGGUGCCAGCAGAGCGUGAAAAUGAAGCAACUCAAAGGAAAACUAUUACACCUUCUUCUCGUGUUGUUUCUCUCGACGUUUUUCGAGGCCUCUGCGUUUUUCUUAUGAUGCUUGUGGAUUACGCUGGUUCUGUUUUUCCCAGCAUUGCUCACUCCCCAUGGAAUGGUGUCCGCUUGGCAGAUUUUGUAAUGCCUUUCUUCCUCUUUGUUGUUGGAGUUUCCGUGGCAAUUGUAAAUAAGAUAGUUUUAGACAGAACUGGGGCAACCUUGAAAGUUGUGAUUAGGACCUUGAAACUUUUUAUCCUUGGCAUUUUCCUUCAAGGGGGUUACUUGCAUGGAAUAACUGGUUUAACCUAUGGUGUAGAUAUUGAAAAAAUACGAUGGAUGGGAAUUUUGCAGAGAAUAGCUGUUGGAUAUAUUAUAGCAGCUUUGUGCGAGAUAUGGCUUCCAUGUCAAGAGAUGAAAAGAGUUGCCCUUUUCAGAAAUUAUAUUUGGCAAUGGUGUAUCAUGUUUCUAUUGUCUGCUAUACAUUGUGGGUUGUUAUAUGGUUUGUAUGUCCCUGACUGGCAAUUCAGUGUGUCACAGUCAACAGGAAGCACCAUUUAUGAGCAGGUAAAAUGUUCUGUUAGUGGAGAUCUUGGACCUGCAUGUAAUUCUGCUGGAAUGAUUGAUCGCUAUAUUCUUGGAAUAGAUCACCUCUAUGCGAAACCUGUAUAUAGAAAUAUGAAGGAAUGCAAUGGAUCCAACAGUGACGGAGUUACUGAAAGUAUGCCGCCUUGGUGUCAUGCCUCUUUUGAUCCUGAAGGCAUUGUAAGUUCACUAACAGCUGCUGCUACAUCCAUCAUUGGACUCCAGUAUGGUCACAUACUUGUCCAAUUUCAGGAUCAUAAAGGACGGCUAUACAGUUGGUCCAUCCUCUCGCUUUCACUUCUUGCAGUUGGUUUGUUCCUUGAUUUCGUAGGCAUGCCAUUAAACAAAUCAUUGUACACGAUAAGUUAUAUGCUGGUAACCUCAGCUGUUUCUGGAAUCACAUUCUGUUUGUUAUAUCUAUUGGUGGAUAUUUAUGGUUGGAGGCGCUUGAUGUUCGUUUUAGAGUGGAUGGGAAAGCAUUCUCUUAGUAUCUUUAUUCUCAUAACAUCAAAUAUAGCUGUGAUUCUUAUUCAAGGAUUUUAUUGGAGAGAUCCUCAUAAUAACAUUGUUCGUUGGGUUGUGACACAAUUUGUACACAAAUGAUAUCCCAGCUCCAUGAGUUCCUCACACAAAAUUUGACUGUAUACAACAGCAACAACCCAGUGAAAUCUCACAACGUGAGGUCUGGAGAGGGUAAAGUGUACGCAGACCUUACUCCUACCUAGGUAAGACGACUGUUUUCGAGAGACCCUCGGCUCAAAAGAAUCAUAAAAAGAGGUCAGAUAAGGCUAAGAAGUUCAAAGCGUUAUAGGAAAGCAAAUAACGAAAGCGACAUAGAUACAAUAGAGUAAUCAAAGUACAAAAAGUAAUAGAAAGAUAAUAACAAAAGUACAGAAUUUGACUGUAUAACUUUAGAUAAUCAUACUCGCGGAUUCAGUGUAAAAUGUAAAUUCAUCCUAAUAUGAUAGCAAAACUUACCCUUGUGGAUCACAGUGGGUAUGUUGUAUGAUAGUAAGACUGAUCCGAUUUUAUUUACAGUCAAAUUGGAUGGAGAUAAGAAUUGUUUCUGAGAC